AUGACGGCAAGAUCUCCUAAAAAAGACUCGGAGAUAGGUGUGAAGGAGUUGGGAAAAAGAAUGGGAGAAAUGAUGGAGGAAUUUAGGGCAGUGAGAGAAGAGCUAAGGGAGGGUUUCAAGGAGCAGGGUAGGAAGAUGAGAGAAGAGAUAGAGGACCUGAGAAGGGAGUUUAGGGAGCGAGAGAAGAGAUGGAAAGAGGAGAGGGAAGAGACAAAUAAGCAGAAGGAGAAAAUGGAAGAAAGAAUAAGGAGAUUGGAGGAAAAAAUGGAAGAGAGGAAGGAGGAGAAGAAGGAGGAGGAAAGAAACGGUAGAGGGGAGGUGGGGGAGAAAAUGAGAGAACUGGAGAGAAGGCUGGAAAGGAAAGAAAAGGAGGAGAGAAGAAGAAACAUUGUAAUAAGAGGGCUGGAAGUAAAAGAAGGAGGGAGGAGAGAGAAUGCAGAAAAGUUAUUAGAAGGAAUAGGAGCGAAUGUAAAGGCAAUAGAGGUGAAGAGAAUAGGAGCUGGGUUGGAAAAUAAAGAUAAGGAUUUUUGGGAAGGGCUGAAGAAAGAAGAUGUGUUAGUCAUGUUAGAGACCUGGAUAGGAGAAAAGGGCUGGGAAAGAAUAAGGGGGAGACUUCCAAAAGGGUACGAGUGGGGGGUGCAAAUGGCGAAGAAAAAGAAUAAAAAAGGAAGAGCAAUAGGAGGGAUGAUAAUGGGAAUAAGGAAAGGAUUAAAAGAAAAGGGAACGGCAAUAGAAGUAGAUAGGGAGAGUUGGAUUGCGGGAAAGGUCAGAACAGGUGGCGAGAACUGGAGUAUUAUAGGGGUGUAUGCAAAGAAAGAGGGGAUGGAGGAGAACGUACAGGAGUUAGGAGAUAGAAUGGAGAAGAAAGAAGAAGGAAGGUAUACGAUAAUUGGGGGAGAUUUUAAUGCGAGGACUGGUCAAGAAGGUGGGAGGAUAGAGGAAGAGGAGGGAGGAGGACUGGGAGAAGGAAGAAGGUCGAAGGACAAGAAGGUGGACAGAGAGGGGAGACUGUUGGUAAAUAGCUUAGAGGAGAGAGGUUGGGAGAUAUUCAAUAAAAAUGUGAGAGGAGACGAGGAGGGGGAGUUUACUUUCACGGGGGGAAGAGGAGAUACGGUGAUCGACUACAUAAUAGGGGAAGGAGAAGUAAGAGAGAAGAUAGUGAGCAUGGUAGUGGGGGAGAGAGUAGACUCGGACCAUCACCCAUUGGAAAUAGUAGUAAGAAGGGGGAAAGAGGAGGAAAGCAGGAGAAGAGGGUGGAAGAAAAGAAGCAGGGGGGUGUGGAACGAGGAAGGAGCAAAGAGGUUUAUAGAAAAAAUAGGAGAGGUGGAAGAAAAGGAAGAAGAGUUGAAUAAGGAAUGGGAAGAAAUGGAAACAAGAAUAACAGAGGCAAUAAAAGGGGUAGAGGAGGAGCUGGGAAAUAAGAAAGGGAAGGUGGGAUGA